UAUACCCACAAGUAUAGCAAUAUUAGUACAUUUUGACAAAUUGUUGGUUCCCAUGAGGAAAAUGACAUUAUAAUAUAAUAUAUUAUAUUUAAAGUACCGCGGUAAACAAUAUAGGGAGCAUGUCACAUGUUGUCGCUAAACAAAUGUGCAAAUAUAAAACCAACUUUACUUUAAUGUUCUGUUUAUCGUGCUUGGUGUGAACAGGGUUUUAGUGUUAGUUUGCGUUUAAUAAAAUAACCCAUUGAGACAAAGUUGGUUUUAAAUUCACACAUUCAGACGUACUGCUAAACAUUAUACAUUCAGAAAAGUAUUGCAAAUUCUAAAUGGGGAAAUCAUAUUAGCAAACAAUGACUAUUAAAUCACAACAUUGUUCAAUUAUUUUGAAGUCGAUUAUCACCGAAUAUUCAAAGUAGCAUAGUAAACAAUAUAGGGACCGUAAGUUGUCACUGAACGAAUUUGUGAAUAUAAACCAACUUUACCUCAAUAAAUAACCUUGGUCUGGAUACUCAUGCUGACUCUCUGCAUGAGUAUAUUUUCCUCAGUUUAGAGGAUGAGGGCUGCUAGCUGGCGGCUCCUCCUCCAGUCUAAAGUCCUGUGAACUCCACCAUGAGCUUCUCAUUUACAGACGGAGAGGAUGAUGAUGAUGAUGAAUCUCCUCUCUGCGUUGCUGCUGCUCUGCAUUCACUGUCAGCUGUGCUGGUCUGCAGACUUCCAGCUCACUUUGCUGCACACCAAUGACGUGCACGCGCGAGUGGAGGAGACCAACAAGGACUCGGGCAAAUGCAGCAAGCCGCCGUGUUUCGCCGGAGUUUCGCGGAGAUCCACCAAAAUCAAAGAAAUCCGCAGCAAGGAGAAAAACGUGCUGCUGCUGGACGCCGGAGACCAGUUCCAGGGCACCGUCUGGUUUAACUAUUACAAGGGCGCUGAGGCGGCGUAUUUCAUGAACCAGCUCAAAUACGACGCGAUGGCCUUAGGAAACCAUGAGUUUGACAAUGGAGUGGACGGCCUGCUGAAACCUUUCCUUCAGGAGGUGAACUGCACUGUUCUCAGCGCCAACAUUAAAGCCGAUGCGACACUUGCUCCUCAGAUCAGCGGAUACUAUUUCCCUUAUAAAAUCUUCACUUUGGGCUCUGAGAAAGUGGGUGUUGUCGGCUACACAUCAGCGGAGACGCCUGCUUUGUCUCUACCAGGCCCACAUCUGAAGUUUGAGGAUGAAAUCACUGCUUUACAGCCUCAAGUGGAGAAACUCCUGGCUUUGGGUGUUAAUAAGAUCAUCGCUCUCGGACAUUCUGGGUUCAUAAUGGAUCAAAUGAUUGCAAAGAAGGUCCGGGGAGUGGAUGUUGUGAUUGGAGGACACACCAAUACAUUCCUGUACACAGGAACUCCACCAUCCACAGAAGUUCCAGCAGGACCGUAUCCGCUCAUGGUCAAGUCAGAUGACGGCCGGCAGGUGCCUGUGGUCCAGGCUUAUGCCUUUGGAAAAUAUCUGGGAUUCCUGAAAGUGACUUUUGAUGCAAACGGAAAUGUGCUGGAUUCCACAGGAAACCCCAUUCUUCUGGAUAGUUCAGUAGAACCCGAUCCCGACAUCCAGGCUAAAGUGGACAGCUGGAGGAUGAAUCUGGCCAACUACUCCUCUCAGCAAGUGGGACAGACUCUAGUCUACCUCAACGGCACCUUUGAGGAGUGUCGCUUUCGUGAAUGCAAUUUGGGGAAUUUAAUCUGUGAUGCCAUGGUCCAUCAUAAUAUUAAAUACGCCGACGAGCUCCAGUGGAACCAUGUCAGCUCUUGUAUUCUGAACGGUGGAGGCAUUCGGGCACCUAUUGAUGAGCGAAACAGAAACGGUUCCAUCACAAUGGAGGACCUGAUCGCCGUGCUGCCGUUUGGAGGAACAUUCGACCUGGUCCAGCUGAACGGAUCGACUCUGCGAGAGGCUUUCGAGCACUCAGUUCGCAGACAUGGAGGAAACACUGGAGAAUUUCUACAGGUGUCAGGUUUCCAGGUGGUGUACGAUUUAUCAAAAGCGCCUGGUAGCCGUGUUAAAAGUGUGAAUGUGCUCUGCACCCAGUGUCGAGUGCCCCAUUAUGAACCGCUGAGCCCCAACAAGGUGUAUAAAGUAGUGCUGCCGUCUUACCUAGUGGACGGAGGAGACGGAUUCACCAUGAUCAAAGAGCAGAAACUCAAACAUGACAGCGGUGAUCUGGAUAUAUCGGUUGUUGCUGGCUACAUCUCCGAGAGGAAGAGAGUUCAUCCGGCUGUGGAGGGACGCAUCCAGUUCAGCAGCUCCUGUGCUGGUCUUCGAGGAUACACGUCCAGCGUUCUGCUGCUGUGGGCCGUCUGGCUCAUGUUUGUUUAGCCAGUUAACAUCAUUCUUGAUGUACUUAUACAACACGUAGCCAUUUUGUGAGUGAUUGUACAGUCAGAUGAGGAAAAAAAGAGGAAGCCUUUAGCCCAAAGAUGAGUUGCCUUCAUAGAAGUCGACUGAUAAUUAACACUGUGAUGUAGGACAGAUGACCAAAAAUCACUCGUCUUGUAAAACAAGAUCUUCUCAUUAGAGCAACACAGGGACAUCUUCAUUACACAUGUAACACUCCAUCUAUGAGCUGUGAUGAAUUUCACAAGGAAUAAUCCAGGGACCUGAUUUAUAAAACUCUGAAUAGAAACAGUCCUAGAAGUGAGCGUAUGCCACAAUAAAUGUGUAUUUAUUUCCUUAA